AUGUCCUCCCGCCGCGGCGUCGGCCUCGGCGCCUUCGCCAACCGCACCCAAACCAGCCAAUCCUACGCCAACCACGGCGCCAACCUGCGCUCAACGCACCUCUCCUCGCUCCAAACGCAGCUCUCCGUCUUCCAAUCCCUCCUGCACACCUUCGCACUCGAGCACAGCUCCACCAUAAAAUCCAACCCGACCUUCCGUGCCGAGUUCGCGCGCAUGUGCAACACCAUCGGAGUUGACCCGCUGGCGGCCAGCAACGUCAAGGGCAAGAGCGCGCGGAAGGGCCUCGGCGAGAGCGCCAGCUUCUGGACGCAGAUUAUGGGCGGCGAUAUGAACGAUUUCUAUUUCGAGGUUGCGGUGCGGGUUGUGGAGUUGUGUUUGGGGACGAGGAGUGAGAACGGGGGGUUGAUUGGGGUGGAGGAGUGUCGGAAGAGGGUGGGGAAGGGGAGGGCGAUUGGGAGUGGGUUGGAGGUUACUGACGACGACGUCCUCCGCGCCGUCAAAUCCCUCGAGCCCCUCGGCUCCGGCUUCACCAUCAUAACCGUAGGAAACAAGCAAUACAUCCGGUCGGUCCCGAAAGAGCUCAACACCGACCAGGCGACCGUUCUCGAAGCGAUUCAAGUCCUCGGCUACGUGAGCAUCUCCAUGCUGCAGCUGAACCUGAAGUGGGAGAAGGCGCGCGCGCAGACUGUCAUCGAUGAUCUGUUGGCGGAUGGACUCGUCUGGCUGGAUGCGCAGGGCGAGGAGAAUGAGUACUGGUCGCCUCAGAAUCUAUUGGGUGAUAUGGGUUGAGGCUCUGUUGGCUUGUGGACUUAGAUGUCUGUCUGAUCUCGACCCGGUUUGUAUUCUGGAUUGUGGGGUUUUCCUGCCUGCUAUAUAUAUAUAUAUUCCUACGGUCCUCUGAGGCCUAUCGGUAGGUGCGGAAGCAUUCAAGGCCUGCGGAGACAGGCCGCGCCUUAUUCUGUCGAGCCAACGCGCUACAGAACAAGCAAGCGCCGAGCCAGCAUCGGGGUGGGGGAGAUGUUACUUCUCAACAUGUGCUGCUCAAAGCCCAGCAACACUUCAAGUUUUCGAUGUAUAAAAGAGGCGGAAUACGGUGCUAAGCUCAAGAGAAAGAACUGGAAAAACUGCACUCUAUUGAUACCCACUCCUACUAUACUAAACCAUCCCAAGCCAGCCAGCUCUGUAUACAAUACGCACUGGCUGGGUCAUCUCCCAUCUCAGCAAU